CUUCAUUAAAAUGAAGUGGCUCCAAGUCUUAUUGAAGUAUUUAUUUUUCGUGUCUCUGAUUGUAUACCAAAUAGGUAUAUGUAAUUGUUGUAUUGAAGAAGAGAGAGUUGCUCUACUUGAAUUUAAAGGAUUUCUAUUGUCUAAUAGCGAGGAUAAUGCAAAGGACGUGCUUCCUUCAUGGGUUGAUGAUAAGGAGAGUGAAUGUUGUGAUUGGGAGCGAGUCACUUGUAACCUUCCAGGUCAUGUCUCCAAACUGAACCUUAAUAGUGUUAUAGAUAUACCUCAAAAUGAUUUUGACUCGGAGCCUUUACUUCUAAAUGCCUCGUUAUUUCUUCCUUUUAAUCAACUUCUCAGUCUCGAUUUGUCUGAGAAUGGAUUCAGCUGUUGUGUGGAAAAUGGAGGAUUAAUUGAAUUGAGCAAUUUGGAGGUCCUAAUUCUAAGUUAUAAUAGACUCAAUGAUACCCUGCUAAUACAAGAGCUAACUGAUUUCAGGAACUUGAAGAUCUUAGAUCUUAGUAACAACAGUUUCGUUGGUAGCAUUCCUAAUUCUAUACAAACCCUAUCUUCUCUCAAAGCCUUGUCUUUAUCCUACAACCUACUGAACGGCUCUUUACCUAUUCCAGGUUUAUGUGAAUUGAAGAAUCUUCAAGAGUUGGAUCUCAGUCAUAAUCAUCUUACUGGAGUCCUUCCACCAUGUUUGAGAAGCUUAACGUCUCUUAGAUUAUUAGACUUCUCAUUUAACCAAUUUGAAGGAAAAAUUUCUUCUUCUCCAAUUCCUUCCUUGGUAUCCCUUGAGUACAUUGAUCUCAGCCAUAAUCUUUUUGAGGACUCAUUCUCUUUUGAAUCAAUUGCCAAUCACACCAACCUCAAAGUGGUAAUGCUCGGAUCCGAUAACAAUAAGCUAGAGGUUGCAACUGAAUGCUCAAGCUGGUUUCCUAAAUUUCAGUUGACUGUUCUUAUGUUACCAAACUGUAACCUUAACAAGCUUCCAGAGUUUCUCAGUCAUAUGCUUAAUUUAAGAGUGCUUGAUCUCUCCCACAACAAUAUAGCAGGAACAUUCCCUAACUGGCUACUUGAAAACAACCCUAAUUUGGACUAUCUGAUUCUUAGAAGUAACUCUUUCUUUGGUCAGUUUUAUUUGUCACCCAAUUUCAGUAGCAAAAUUGCUCGGAUGGAUAUCUCAGAUAAUCAUUUUAAUGGCCGGCUUCAAGAAAAUAUUGGGGAGAUUCUUCCAAAUGAUUUUUACCUUAAUAUGUCUCAAAAUGCUUUUGAAGGUACUAUUUCUUCCUCAAUUUGCAAUGGACCCAAUUUAAAGCAUUUAGAUCUAUCUGGCAAUAAUUUCUCGGGAGAAUUUCCAGACAAGUUUGCACAAAAUUGCUCUGGUUUGUUAUUUCUGAGCCUAUCAAAUAAUAGACUAUGCGGACAAAUGCCAAAUACCAAUAUGAGCAGCUUAAGGUUCCUUGAUAUAAGUAAAAAUCACUUAUCGGGAACAGUGCCUUACUGGAUUUCACAGACUCAAAAUUCUUUUAGCAUUGACAUCAGUGACAACCACAUGGCAGGUGAGAUUGCUGGCCUUUUUAGCAACACCUCAUUCCCUUCUUCAGUCAACAUGCGAGAUAAUGCCUUUAAAGGUAAAAUAACUUGUAAUAUUUUUUCAGCACAGUUCUUGGAUCUCUCCCAUAACUUUAUUUCAGGCCCUUUACCAUCUUGUGAGAUUUCAUAUUUAAAUUAUCUCAAUUUGCAAGGAAACAAAAUCACAGGUUCAAUUCCAACGACAUUGUUUAACUCCUCGUAUUUACGUAUUCUCAACCUUAAAAAUAAUUUCUUAUCUGGUGAAAUACCAACUUUUGUUGUCAAGAAUUCUGAUUUGAGGGUCCUUCUUCUAGGAGAGAAUUCCUUAAGUGGCUUGAUCCCCGCCCAACUAUGUCAGUUUAAUAAGAUGGCCAUGCUAGAUCUCUCCCAGAACUCAUUUUCUGGGCCAAUACCUUAUUGUUUGAGUAAUCUCUCUUUCGGAAACAUAAAAGCACAUGACUCUUCCCUCAGUUGGUCAGACGAUGUUUCGGUGAUGAGGCUUAUCGGCUAUGAUUUUGAGAGUCUUCUGCAUCGAGAUAUCAUCCAUGAGCUGCGAGACCAUGAAUUUACUGAACCAGUUGCAGUUGAGUUUAUUACAAAAACUAUAGCAUACAUUUUUAAAGGUUUCAUCCUUGAUUGGAUGUCUGGACUGGAUUUAUCUUGUAACUAUCUCACUGGGGAAAUACCACCUGAACUCGGAAAACUAAGUUGGAUAUGUAGUUUAAAUUUGUCCCACAAUCAACUAGCAGGUUCUAUCCCUAAUAAUUUUUCAAACUUGGAACAAAUAGAGAGCCUGGACCUCUCCUACAAUAAUUUGAGCGGAGAAAUCCCAUCAGCAUUGAUCAGUCUACAUUUUCUGGAAUUUUUCUCUGUGGCUCACAACAACUUGUCAGGUAAAACUCCAGAAAAAGGACAAUUUUCAACAUUUGACAAUAGUACCUAUGAAGGAAAUCCUUUCCUUUGUGGACCUCCAUUAGAGAAAAGCUGCGGUGUUGUUGUUGAGCCUCCAACAUUAGUUUCUGAUUUGAGUGAAGAGAAAUGGUAUGAAAUUGAUCCUGUGGCCUUCACCGCAAGUUUUGCAUCUACAUACGCCAUAUUCUUGCUGUGUUUGUUUGCAGUUCUCUACAUCAAUCCAUAUUGGAGGCAAAGGUGGUUCAAUUUCAUUGAGAAUUGUACAUAUGCAUGUUAUUACUUUAUCAUUGAUACUUUUCGAAAGUUAUCAGUUAAAUUCAGUUGGUAGCUUUAUUUCUCUUGUCCUGUUAGAUGUGUUAUUAUGGAAAAUGUAUAAGAAACAGAGAGUAAUUAUAUAUUAUCUUCUUCCCAUUGUCUCCUAGAUUUGUAGCAGGUUGAAAGCAAAUUCUGUCUUAUGAUUCCAAUUG